GUUUUCCCAUCCGCUGCUGUGUGUCAGGGUGAAGGUGGUUCUUCUUCGUCGUUGACUUGACCUGGUGCUCUCAGCUUGUGUUGUAGCACUUCUCAAUCACGCAGGCAACGCAUACGAAGCCAUACACUCGCACGCACGCACACACACACACAGCACACACACACACACGCACGCUUCCACAUCUUACAAUCGUCCAUAUUCUCAUUCCCGAGACAGCAACAUCAAACCAUUGCCCCAACAAAGUCGAGAAGCAUGCGCCGGAGCGGCAGUGCAGGCGACCGCGAGCGCUUGCUUGGCCGUGGCGAUGUGGACUUCGAACUGCAGUAUGUUUCCACAACAAAGCGGCUCCACCUGCUGGUCAAGGGCGUGCAUCUGCCGGCGCCCGUCACCACCGUCGACCCCCGCCACAUCGUCAAACAGAUGCGCAACCAACAACAACAACAACAACAACAACAACAACAACAACAACAACAACAACAACAACAACAACAACAGCAGCAGCAGCAGCAGCAGCAGCAGCAGCAGCAGCAGCAGCAAACGCAGCAGCAGCCGCUGGUUGAUGAGGGCGGUUUGCUCUUACCCAAUGAGAACGGAGAAGUGAAGCUGCCGAUGGAAACGGACCGUGGAGAGUACAUCACGUUUGUGGCUGGGCUCGAGGGCGCGAGCUCAAGUGUUUCCCCGCCCGCAACAACAGACAAGCGACACAGCUCCAUUUCCGUGUUCACCUCACGAUCCUCAUCGCCAUCAUCCGUCCUUUCCUCCCCCGCCAACGAGCCCACCAUGCCUGAUAGCAACGCCGGUGACUCGGACGACAGCCAAGCACAGCAGCAGCAGCAGCAGCAGCAGCAGCAGCAGCAGCAGCAACAACAACAACAGCAACAACAACAGCCACAGCAAGACGGCGAGUCAACGUCUCGACGCGGCUCAGGCAUUGCCCUCUCCAUGAGCACACCCGAAUUCUCCUUUCGGCGGCACACAGAUCGCCGCGUGACGCACCGCCGAGGGGGUGACGGUGUUGGCAGUGUGCGGUCGACAGCAAGCUCAGCAGCACAGGCAAAGCGACGUGAGGUGUACGUUGUGGCUGAGCUGCGGAGUGCGUCUGGCAAAACGGCAAGCAAGGCCCACACCAAGACUGUCAAGGGCACGACUGCCUUUCUCAUUGAAGAGGUGCUGAAGCUCAAGGUCAAGUCUGCGCUCAACAAGCACUCGGACACAUGGCGCGUGUGCAUCGAGGCCUGGGACCGGGAUCGCUUUGGGCGCAACACGCUGCUCGGCUGCCUGUCCAUCCCCUUCAGCACCGCCAUCACGGAACAAGUCCACGGCCGCUUCCUGCUGCUCGACCGCGAGCGUGGCGCCGUGUCCUACCGCCGCCGCCCCACGGGCUCUGCCAUCCGUCGCCGCAUCAAGACCGCCAGCCAGUCCUCGGCGUCGCUCGACACGCGGUUGUGGCGGGAUGCUGUGGCGCGCAGUCUGUACGACGCGUGCACGGAGAGCGAGCGGCGGCGACAGCAGGCCAUCUUCGAGGUGGUGCAGAGCGAAGAGGCGUACGUGCGGCAGCUUCGCCAGUUUCUCGAGGCAUAUCCGCGGCUGGAGUUGCUGGACCACAUGACGGAGCGAGACUACGAGGCGUGGUUCGGCGAGAUUCGCGUCGUGCUGCAGCUCGCAGAGCAGCUGGUGGCUGAGCUGCGUGAUGCCAGUACGGAGGGCCUGGUGCUGGGCUUUGGCGAAGUCAUGGUGCGCCACUUGCAGGCGCUGGAGCCCGUGUACACCGCCUACUGCACCAACAACGCGCAGGUGACGGCCGUCAUCACGUCGCAUGCCAAGCGCAACCCUAGCCUGGCGGAGGUGCUGACACACGGCUGCACCAUCUGCGGUGGCCUGGACAUCCACAGCUACCGGCUCAAGCCGCUUCAGCGCAUCACGAAGUACCCGCUGCUCCUGCGCGCGGUGUUGCGGGACACGGGCGACGACCACGAGGACUAUGACGACACGGCUGCUGCGGACGAGUCGUGCCGGCGCAUGGUCGACCGCAUCAAUGAUGCUGUGCGCGCUGCGGAGUGGGCCGAGCACCUUCGCUACCUCGCCCAGCGGCUGGAGGUGCCGAAGAAGCUGGAGCCGUUCACCCUCAACCCGCCGGGCGUGCGCGUGCACCGCGAGUAUGUGUUUCGCCAGCCCGCCACGGGCGCCAACAAGUGGCUUCGCUCCAGCGUGCGUCGCAGCCGCUCCCCUGCCCCUGGCCAAGGGCGGCAGAGUAAUGGGCCGCGACCUAUGAACAGCACGGAGCCACACCGGCAAGACGACGUCCCUGCUGGCGCUGUGCGCAUCCUCCUGCUCUCCGAUGAUCUCUUGGGACCCUACCUCGUCCUCACAAAGGUGACAGAUGCAGUGGAUGUGCUGCUGACGCCACGUGUGCCCCUGGACUACGUGACGCUGCAGUCGUCGUCGUCUGGUGGUGGGCACUUCACCGCUGCGCGCAUGAGUGAUCCCCUCAAGUUUAAGCUGCAGGCCAUGCUGAUUGACCGCAGCAACCGCAAGGUCAACACGUCCCACGACCUUGUGGCCAACUGCGCAGCCGACUACCACCACCUUGCGGAGGACAUUGGAACCCACCGGCGGGCGGCGCUGGAUGACCGCAUCAACCCGAUACAGCUGCUGGAGGUGGAGGCAGCCGUGCACACCAUCAAGUCGCAGACGGUGGACCAGGCGUCCCUGUCCACCACGGAGUCUGCCCUGCUGGCCUGCUGGACGACAACACAGCACCUCAUAUCGCAGCACCGCCGCAUUGUCGCUGAGAACGAGAAGCAGCAGCAUGAUUUGCGCGUGCAGUUCAACGCCACCCUGGAUGUCAUGCGGACACGCGAGCGCGAGCGCUUCGAGAAGCUCAUGAUUGCGUGCGAGGAUGCAGCGCGCGCACGCGAGCGAGCGGAAAUUGAGGCCGCAUACAUGCUUAUCCCGCGCAACCCGGGCGACUCGUUUGGAGCACCUCAUGGCAACAGCGGCCAUGCCUUUGGCGACGGUGACGACGAUGACAGCAGCGGUGGUGGUAACCGUCUUCACAGCGGUAGCCAUGGUGUACGCAGUCGGCAGCGCAGCCCACGCGCGCUGCGUCGUCCAAGUAUGCCCGUGUUUGCCCGCACGCCACCGCAAUAUCCGUUUGGCAGCAGCGUGUACCGCACGCCGCUGUUUGUUGACGAGCACACACUGGGCCGACAGCGCCAGCACCAGCGCGAACGCAAUCGCCUCUCGCAGACGUUUCUGCAGCGACGGGAGGAGAGCGUGUCCAAGCUGCUUCGACAGCACGCCCAUGGUACUAGUGGCGGUGAUGACGACGGCGACGGUGAUGAUGGUGACGUCUACGAUAGUGGUGAUGGUACUGGCAGUGUUGAUGGCACCAUCUCACGCCGCAGUGGAACUGCUGCUGUUCACGCGCUCGACCGGCAGCCUGCCGCUAUCACACUCACCAUCACCAGCACGGCAGCUGCUGCCAGAGGAGCUGGUGUUGGACGCAGACGACGUGCAUAUUCUACGCGGUGUGCGGCGACCGGUGUCACACACGACAUCAUCUCCGUCUCCAUCCCCAUCUGCAUCCACCUCCCCGCGUGCUCGCAGACAGGGCAGCGAGAGCACCAGCACAAAUGCGCACGCAGAUGCCGUCUUGCUGCGGGGUGUGACGCCAGAUGCACAGCGGCAACUGGAGAGCCCAUGUGGAAGCGGCAGGCAUGA